AGUGAUAGAAUUUAUAAUCACGUCCCAUCGAACAAUAUCACAGGACUAGUGUGUAGCUUGAGGGGCAUUCUUGUUGUCGUUGGCUAUUCGAUCCUUACAGACACUGCUUUUGUCAUACGGAGUCAAAUAGAAUCGAAGACGGACUUAAGGACCCAAGCCACUGGAUCCCGCUGUAUUCGAUAAAUCCUGCAAGUUUCGGAAAUAGCAUAGGACCUUUGUACCUCAUCGGAUUCGGCGUUCUUUUGUUAAGCCGUCUCGAUACGCGAUAGGCGAGUGUCACGGUGCUUCGAAUACAUCGAUCGAGCACAUUCUUUUUAGGUACAUUGUUACCUUGGUACCUAGCACGGACUUAGCUUAGGACCCACGUACUGUACUUCACGUUUAGCGCAGUUGCCUUGUGGAGCUUCAGCGCUAUGUCUAAUUUGGGCUUAAUGGGUUCGCCUACGAUGGGGGUACAUCCUACUCUCAGCAGUAAUAAUAAUACGCUGGUAGGGGAUGCCGCUGACGGAGGGGUCGGGGUGGGUGUCGGCCAUGUUACUAAGGCCUCGUCCACUAUCGCCAUUUCAGAAUACCCCCUGCGACAUUCCAGUUCGCCUACAACUACAAACUCCGACACUGCGCCGCAUGUUCCUGCCAACUCUUCCCUUCCUCUUCAACAUCAAUCUCAUCAAUGCAAUGCUGACCACGACGACGAUAACUCGGAGCCUUCAGCUCUAGCCUUAAAAUCUCCCGACGACGUCCCUUCCAAAAAUCAAUCGCGCGGUCACCACAGUCACGCUCCCUCCGUUGAGGCUAUUCCUCGCCAGACUAUUAUGAAGGCGCUAGCCUCGGUCGCACGAAAUAAUAAGCCAGAAGCAUUAUCAUUGAACGGGAUGUUGUCCGCACACGCCGCGGGCGAUCAGCGACCCGACUCUUCUUCCCAGCAACUCUCUGAAGCCCUUUCCAGAGAGCUCGCCGCCCGCAACAUGACUCCGACCACCGCAUUCCCUUCUCUUCAGUCGCCUUGUUUCUGGCACAAUCGGUUUGACGAUGCGGUAGACAUUGAAAAGGUCUUGGAGGAGAUUAAGAACGACGAAUGGAUGUCGCAUUCGAGGCUCGUACAGACUGCUACGGGCGUCCGUGAAGUCUCAAAGCAAUUGCAACGCCGACCUAUCCGUCGCGCAGUGCGCAAUGUCAUGAUCGUCACCAAGGCCCGUGACAAUGAACUAGUUUACCUAACUAGGGAAUUGACCAUGUGGAUGCUCAGAACACCCCGAUACGGCUCGGAUAUUGGAGUUAAUGUCUAUGUCGAUGCGAAGCUACGCAAUUCGAAGCGUUUCGGUGCUUCUAGUAUCGUCGAUGAGGAUACUCGAUUCCAAUCCAUGUUACGUUACUGGACCCCGGAUCUAUGCUGGAGCAGCCCGGAGAAAUUCGACCUUGUCUUAACUCUCGGAGGUGACGGGACUGUCUUGUUUACGUCUUGGCUUUUCCAGAGAGUUGUUCCUCCGGUCUUGUCAUUUAGUUUAGGAAGUCUCGGCUUCUUGACGAGCUUCGAGUUCGAGAAGUAUAAGCAACAUCUCAACCGGAUCAUGGGCGAAGAGGGUAUGCGUGUCAAUCUUCGCAUGCGAUUUACGUGCACCGUCUUCCGCGAUGGCGCUAAAGGCCAGGAAAUGGAGGAAGGAGAGCAAUUUGAAGUUCUUAACGAGCUCGUCAUCGACCGCGGCCCGUCUCCUUACGUUUCCAACCUCGAGCUUUACGGCGACAACGAGCUCCUAACUGUUGUCCAGGCGGAUGGAUGUAUCUUCUCUACUCCAACUGGAUCAACAGCAUAUUCUCUCUCUGCAGGCGGGUCUCUGGUCAGCCCCGACCUACCUGCUAUUCUCCUUACUCCGAUCUGCCCACACACAUUGUCCUUCCGUCCGAUGGUACUCAGUGACACGAUGCUUCUUCGUGUUUCCAUCCCGCGCAAUUCGCGUGCUACAGCUUAUUGUGCAUUUGACGGGAAGGGUCGGGUUGAGCUAAAGCAAGGAGAUUGUGUGACGAUUACGGCUUCUCAGUACCCAUUUCCCACGGUCAUGCGCACCGGAACCGAAUGGUUCGACAGUGUAUCACGCACCCUUCAGUGGAACACGCGAGCUGCCACUCAAAAGGGCUUUGAGAGCAAGCAAUCGGGCUCUGUCAACGGCGACGACGAACCCGAAUGGGAUAUAGAUACCGAUUCUGCCUACUACGCAAGUGAAGAUGGCAGCACUAGCGCGAGUCCUUUACGACGACAGAUGAGCCUUUUGGGCAUGUAGAGAUGGCAUAGACUUAGAUUCGCGGGUUAGAGAACUAGAUGGGUGGCGUAUGAUAUAGUUAUAUCUAUUUUUCCCCUGCACACAUCGCAGGAGGGUCGAGGUGAUCUCUCGAUGACACCUCGAGGAGUUCUUUGGCGCUGACUGAGGGUUUCAAUGGAGGACAACCUAGGGUUGCCUCCCAACGAGCGGCUGUUUAGUUUUGAUUUGGGUAUUUCGCACCCACCGAGACAAUUCUUCCCCGUCACGGAUACCACUGUCCUUUCACCGCCAGUCACGACGAUGGCGAUUAGAUAGACCUUUCCGAA